AUGGGGCCCUCCUGCUGCUGCUUCUUAACUCGCUUUUGUCUCAGUCUUUUUUUCUUUUCUUCUUUGUCUCUCCCCGUCACUCCCUUCACUGUCAGCGGAGCCGGCAGCUCCCUCCGCUGCUGCAGCAAGCAGCAGCAACAGCAGCAGCAGGUGUUGCGGCCUCUGCUUUUUAGCCAAGACAUCAGACAGCUAAGGGCUCUACACAGAGUCGCCGCCCAAAGUCUAGGCCUACGCGCUGCUGCGACACAGACGGCAGCACCAGCAACAGCACCAGCAGAGGCAGCGGCAGCAGCAGCAGCAGCGGCAGCAGCAGCAGCAGCAGCAGCGCCGACUGCAGCAGAAGCCGCAUCCGCAGCAGAAAAGGCGGAGUUGGCGCGGAAGAUCUUUUCGGGUUCGGGGGCAGCGCCGUUGGCUGCUGCAGUGGCUGCGGAGGCUGCGUCGGGGGCUGCUGCUGCUGUUGCUGCUGCGAACGCAGCAGCAGCAGCAGCAGCAGCAGCAGCAGGACCCGGAGCAGCAGAACCCCCCGUGGCGCUGCUGGCAGCACCCAGGGGCUUCUGCGAAGGAGUCCGGCGAGCUGUCGAGACAGUCGAAGAGGCCCUCAGGGUCUUCGGGGCCCCCGUUUAUGUGAAGCACCAAAUUGUCCACAAUGAGUAUGUUUGCAAAAAACUAGAAGUAAGUUUUCACGCUGCUGCUGCUGCUGCUGCUGCUGCUGCAGGGAGGCCGCUGCUGCUGCUGCAGGGAGGCCUCGGUAGCGCAGCGAGAGAGCAGCAGCAGCAGCAGCAAAAGAGAGCCCUUGGUAGCGCAGUGCGAGAGCAGCAGCAGCAGCAGCGCCGCAGCCACAGCAGCAGCAGCGCCGCAGCCACAGCAGCAGCAGCGCCGCAGCCACAGCAGCAGCAGCAGCAGCAGCAGCGCGUGUGUGUGCAGGAGAAGGGGGCGGUGUUCGUGGAAGACGUUGCUGCAGUUCCCGAAGGCAGCACUUUGGUGUUUUCGGCCCACGGAGUCCCUCCUGCUGCUCGAGCAGCAGCAGCAGCAAGAAAUCUGAAAGUCAUCGACGCCACUUGUCCACUGGUCCAGAAGGUCCACGUGUACGUACACCAGAAGGCCCGACAGGGGUACCAGAUCGUCCUCAUCGGACACAGAAACCACGUGGAGGUGCAGGGCGUGCUGGGGGAGUGCCCCGAGGGCUCUGCUGCUGCAGUGGUGGAGACAGCAGCAGAAGCAGCAAGUGUGGACUUGGGAGCAGCAGCAAAAGUGUUUUAUGCCACGCAAACAACUCUGGGGCUUCGCGAGUGCAUGCAGCUGGAGGAGACGAUCCGGAGACGAUCCCCGGGAUCGGAGACGAUCCCCAGCGGCUCCGUCUGCUACGCCACGGCCAACCGCCAGUUUGCUGCUGCUGCUGUUGCUGCUGCUGCAGCGGCCCAGUUGCUGCUCGUCGUCGGCAGCAGCAGCAGCUCCAACGCCCGCAGGCUCCUCGAGGCAGCAGCAGCAGCAAACCCCAGCGCCAAGGCGUACUUGGUGAACUCGCCGGAGGACGUGAAGGCCGAGUGGCUGGCUGGAGUGAAGCGAAUUGCCAUUUCUGCUUCUGCUUCGACUCCGGAAGAGUUGACGCAAAAAGUGAUGCAGCGUUUGCGGGAGUUUGGGGUGUACGUACAGCUGGAGGCCGCGGCCGUCAAGGAGCGGGUGCCCACUUGGAAGCUUCCCAAGAAUCUUCGCGACGCCGCGAAGGCGCUGGAGAUGGCGAAUAAAGAAAAGAAUUCAAAAAAUGAAAAUAAUUAA